GCCAAUCCACGCCAUGACAGCCCGGCACGUGACGUUAGGGCAAGUUCCUGCUGUGGCUUGAGGGAAACAGAUCCGACAUUCAGCCACGGGAGAAUCGCGCUUUGCGGGUUAGGUCAGCGUUUGGCUUAAAGCUGGUGUUUCCAAAACCUGCACCCGGUGGUGCUUGCGGAGGAGCGGUGCAGUGUGGGAGAAUAUGGCCUGUGGAAGCCCCCUCCCUGAGCGAUGGCCUCACCAGUCUCCGUCUACAGCCCCACCCCCAUGGCGGAUCGCUUCUCCAGUACGUCCAGAGAGUCUCUGAAGAUGGAGCUGUUAGCUGAUGUGUCUCUGCUGCCGGGGGAGGAGAGAAUCAUAGAUAAAGACAUCAUCUACGUCUGUCCGUUCAACAGAGCUGUGAAAGGCAAAGUGUUGAUCACCAACUACAGACUCUACUUCAAGAGCUCCGAGGCUGAUGUGGUGAUGGCGCUGGACGUUCCUUUGGGUGCCAUUUGUCGCGUGGAGAAGAUGGGGGGGGCGUCAAGCAGAGGAGAAAACUCCUACGGCCUGGAAAUCACCUGCAAGGACAUGAGGAACCUGAGGUUCGCCUUGAAGCAGGAAGGUCACAGCAGAAGGGACAUCUUUGAGCUGCUCUUCAAACACGCCUUCCCUCUCUCACACGGUCUGCCGCUGUUCGCAUAUAUGAGUCAGGAGAAGUACGGGGAGAACGGCUGGAACAUCUACAAGCCCAUGGACGAGUUCAGACGGCAGGGCUUACCUAACAGCAAGUGGCGUGUCACGUUCAUCAAUAACAACUACGAGGUGUGCGACACGUACCCCACCAUCUUGGCGGUGCCAGUGAAAAGCAAAGAUGAGGACCUGAGGAGAGUGGCUGCCUUCAGGUCAAGAGGACGCAUCCCGGUGCUGUCAUGGAUCCACAGGGAGAACCAGGCGGUGAUCGCCCGCUGCAGUCAGCCUCUGGUAGGCAUGUCGGGGAAAAGGAACAAGGACGACGAGCGCUACCUGGACAUGAUCCGGGAGGCCAACAACACCGAGAAACUCACCAUCUACGACGCACGGCCCAGCGUCAACGCCGUUGCCAACAAGGCCACAGGAGGAGGCUACGAGGGCGACGAGUACCAGAACGCAGAACUCGUCUUCCUGGACAUCCAAAACAUCCACGUCAUGAGGGAGUCCCUGAAGAAACUCAAAGACAUCGUCUACCCCAACGUGGAGGAGUCUCAUUGGCUGUCCAGUCUUGAGUCGACACACUGGCUCGAACACGUCAAGCUGGUGUUGUCGGGGGCCAUCCAGGUAGCAGACAAGGUGUCCAGCGGGAACUCAGUGGUGGUGCACUGCAGCGACGGCUGGGACCGGACCGCUCAGCUCACCUCUCUGGCCAUGCUGAUGCUGGACAGUCACUACCGCACGCUGCGAGGGUUCCAGGUGCUGAUUGAGAAGGAAUGGAUCAGCUUUGGGCACAAGUUUGCCUCCAGGAUAGGCCACGGCGACAAGAACCACGCAGAUCAGGACAGGUCACCCAUCUUUGUACAGUUCAUCGACUGCGUGUGGCAGAUGACUAAACAGUUUCCUACAGCCUUUGAGUUCAAUGAGCGCCUCCUACUGACCAUCCUGGACCACCUCUACAGCUGCUGCUUCGGGACUUUUCUCUACAACUGCGAGAGCGCACGAGACCAGCACGAGGUGAGGUCGAAGACGGUAUCCUUGUGGUCUCUGGUGAACAGCAGGAUGGAGAUCUACUUAAACCCCUUCUACACCCCUGAGUCCGGCAGGGUGCUGUACCCCGUCGCCAGCAUGCGCCACCUGGAGCUGUGGGUGACGUACUACAUCCGCUGGAACCCGCGCAUUCGACAGCAGCAGCAGAGUCCGGUGGAGCAGCGCUACAUGGAACUGUUGGCCCUCAGAGACGAGUACUUGAAGAAGCUGGAGGAGCUUCAGCAGUCCUCCUCGUCCCGUCUGGCAAACACGCCCAACACCACCUCCUCAACGCCGCCACAGCCAUACACAGAGCUACACACUCCCCUCUGAGGGCUGUCUCAACCCCCCCUCACACACACACACACACACACACACACAACCCCCCACACUCAGACAUACCGAUUGACUUGCACUUAAUGUUCCCCUUCACCCUGAAUUCUGUCAGCAUCUCACACACGCAGGGAAGGACUUAGUGUUGCAGUCCUCACUGUCCUAACAAAGAAUGCUAACACAAUUUUAGAUUUGAUGGGUAAUUCUAACAUCAUAGUGGUGAUGAUGGUGAUUUAUGCAAUAUGCCACAGUACAGCCUUGCCUAGAGACUUUUCUAAACCAACACACACACACACACAUACAGGAAAGCCUUAAAGACAUUCCCUGGCUUUCAGUCAAAGGGCUCGAACAUACUGGACACACAAUGGGUGUAUGUGCGUGUUCACAUAUGUGUUGUCGCACUAUUGAUUUGUACGAAAGCCUUGAGAAGCAAGAGAGAAAAGGAGUUUCCUGUGUUUCUGACUCCAGGACAGGUGGGAGAAAAGACAUAAUUUUUCAUCUGUGAAAACAUCAGUUGCAGACAUUAAAACUCACCUAGGCUUUUAAGUCCCAUUUAGAAGAGCUGGUACACAUCAGCCUCUUGUGGCCAAGAUGAGUACAAGAAACAACAAAGUUUUUACAGAUGAAAACCAUUUAAACUCGAGGUAUGCUUACUAGCUAUUUCCCAAGCAAACGUAGGAGUAUUUACAUAAAGAAAGGGUGUUUAAAUGGAGUGCCAUGACAAAAAAAUGGAACAAUGGGUUUCCUGGCAACGCAACACGUUUCAUAGUAUAUAUACACCAAAACUCAGCUAGCUGACACGGAGCAAAGUGCUGAUCCAGAUGUUGUACAUAUGUCACUCCUCCCACUUGUUGCUAUCUGUACUGACCGAGUGUCGCCCUCUCCCUCAGGGAAUUGAACAGACAGCGGUGUUGGAGGCUAAGUAUAUAUAUAUAUAUGGAAUCUGACAUAUUUUGGAUGGAUUGAUGUGGAUUUUGUUGCUGCUCCCCCUGGGGAUGAAAAAUAGGGCCCAUUUGGAUGUUAUGCAGGCGCCAUCAGCUAAACUCAACUAAGCAGUAUUUCCCUUGCACCCAAAGUAUAUGACCCACAGAGUUAACGCACAAUGGAGUUUGGUUGGAAUGAAUUGGCUAUUUUUCUUUUUAUGAAUGCAACUUUGACGUGGUUUGAAAUAUAUUUAAGGUGCUUAAGAUACUCCAGGGACAUGAAGUGGUGCUGGCCUCCGAUCCUGCUUCUAUGUUGUCAUUGAACGCAGUCGACCCGACAGAGAGAAACCCAGGUCCAUGCUAGCCUCACCAUGCAGCAGCACACAGGUUUAACCAGCUAGCUCUCACUCCGCCUCAGACUGUUUCUGCAUGACCCCCCUGAGCCCCUCUGUGUGAGGUCGUGCCUUUUGGACAGGUAUUGGCUUUGUAUGCAAAUUGUUCCCUCCCCGCCCCCCCAAGUGUUUCAUCUGGAUACUAUACUAUAUGCUAUAUCAGGUUGUUUACAUCAGAAAAGACCGUUUAGUUGGUGAAUACAACUUUUUUUGCCAAUUAUCUGAUUGCUGCUUGGUCGUCUGACUACUCAUGGUUUUGGACUCUAGAUUACAGCUCACGUGUAGCAAAUUGGCUGUUGGUCUGCACAGACAAAGCACCUAGUGAGAAGUGUGACGUCACUUCGUUAUGACUUAACUCCAUUUAUUCAUGUAACCUUUUUGGUGAAUUCCCUGAAGAGACCAUCCUGUCCAAAAGGCCCAUUCUUCUCCAAUUUCUCUCUUUGGGUUUUGGUGCUGUUGUGGAGCUGGUGUGUGUGGUUAAAGGGACUGUAGUGGAAAAACAAUCGAAUUACCCGAUGAGAGGUUUUUGCUGUUAUCUCCAAGGGCUCCCAUUUUGGUUCAUUUGAAAAUGUAUGUUUUCAUCUGCCUGUUGAUUUGGGAUUCCCCCGAUUUUAGUGGGCUAGUUUCAUGAACAUCUGGCCAGUAGUUUAUGUAAUCCUGCUGACAUACAAACCAAAUCAACUGGAGCAAAACAUGACUGGGGCUUGAUCACAGGAGUACUGUAAAUUGAGGAUUUGAGUGUGAUACUUUAUUGUCAUAAACUUAUAAAACAAAUGGAUGGCUAUUAAAGGGAGCUGCAGGUUGCAGCGGAGCUUUAACAAUGCAGCAGACCCGAGGGAAACGCCUCUGAAUAUUGACAUUAAAAUAAAAACAGGGAGAGAACACUGUACAACAUGCAUAAAAAAAUUAAAAUAAAACCUUCACAAAUUAAUAUACAAUCACAAUAUCCCAGGAGGUCUGGGUUCUGCCAUCGUUGAAGCGCUCUUUCGGAGGUGUAGUCACCUCCCCUUUUUGUGAUGUCGUAGAGGGAGCUUGGCCUCUGAACCUUCUCUACAUUUUCGUCCCACUUUACAUCUCUAUGCGGCCUAGCAGGGAAAGAGAAUUCUGACUGUUAGUAAGGAGGCUAGUGGAGAUAAUGUAUUAAACGUACAAUUUUGACUAGGUUCAAUUGUGAAUAAGCAAUAAGUCACAAUUCAGAAGGUUAUGUCCUGAUUUGUGCCUUGACUCCUAUCUGUCCCGAGUCAUGUUUGAGAUUGACUGCUCUGGGGUUCAGGUUCUGGAGCAGAAAGCCUCGUGUCCUCUGAUUGGGGAGGAUGCCAUGCUGAUGAUUAAGGGUAUGUGGAAGGAAGCUGGUGGUCACCUUUUCCUCUGUUUAUUCCCUUUAAACCUUGUGCUCUGUUUCUCAGGAGCAGACCACAUUGUAGCAAGGGACCCCCCCCCCCCCCCCCCUUUCUUGAUUCUCUUGCUUUGCUCGAUGUCGGCCCCACCGCCAGAGGAUAGAUAAAUGUUUUGUACAUUUACAUUUGGGGUACCUUUUCUUUAUUGGCAGAUCUUUAAAAACAAGAUAAUGACGGCAAGCCGUGCUCAAGGCUCCUAAAUGGCACACCACAAGCCAAUGUUUGACGUCACAACAACUACUCUCAUUAACCAUCUGCGGUUAUUAAUUCACAGCCAGGCUAGUCCUUUGCUAAUGUUGCAGGCCUAAAAUAAGGUGGAUUCAUUGUUUGGAGUAAAAUGAAUCAAGUCCGACAACCAAACUUUAGCCGCAUUAUUGAAUCAUUCUAAAGCCAAUAGUGAGCACAGGACGUUGCCCGGCACGGCCAAUCCCCUCUUAUAAUUGUAAAUUGGGCAUUACUAUUAUUUAAUGUGUGUUGUGAUCACAAAUUUUGUCCCUAGCAUCCAGUCCCAAAUUUAAAGAAUACCACUUCUUCUAUUCUGUGACGGCUGGAUUGUCAAACAACUUUCCAGUGUGGACGUUACGUUCCAGAACAACGUUACGCUCUUCAAUUUCCACAAAAGAUGGCCAGAGACUACCAAGUAUUUUUUUUUCUUUGACAGUAAACCCAACCCAGUCUCCUUCCAUACCCUCCAGACAAAUCUGAGCCUUGGCCAGCUGAUGUCCCCAACGCCAUCGCCAUGGCAACUGUAACGAAAUGGAACCACAGAAAACGGUCUGAAUUAACUGAGGUCUUGAAGUUUCGUUUUCCAGGGGAAAGGGACUUUGGCUGCUCCAAAUCUCAAACAUGAGUCAGCGGAUCAGUCAGUGUAGAUCAGAGUGAAGCCUUAUUCCCAGGUUCUACCACAUGGACACUCUUAAACUGUUUGACUUCUAUCAAAGGUCUCAUCUCAUUAGGGUUUGUACGUGGAACGAAGGAGACAAAUAAGAAGUGACGACAGCGUUAAAAUAUGUGUAUUGGUCGGGUGGCUGUGUUUUUUGGGAAUAACAGAUAAAAACUAUUUUUAUUAUUUUUUACUUUGUACAAGAACCACGAUGUAAUUACCUCAAUCAAAACGUAUUUUACUGUCUAAAGCUCUAUUGUUGUAAAAAAUACAAGUAUUUUAUGUAGUGUAAAAUCUUAGUUUUUUAAAAAAGGUAAUGGUGGUCUGGACUUUCUUGGUAUAAAUUGUGUAUUUCUGCUCCAUUGGUUUUAAUUAGAGACUGUUGUACUUUCUUUGGGCAUUUUUUUGGUUUGUGCUCGCUAACACAGGAGGAGAAGACAGAAGCUCCUGGACAUGUUGGCCUGUCUAAAACCAUGACACCUUCCUCUCACUUCUCCAUUGGAUCUCCAGCUUUAGGAUUCCGUCUGGCUCUGCAGCAAGGCUCCCCGAGGAGCACCGUUCAUUUUUAAUGUACUCGUUCAUUAAUGUAGGAAGCUGUAGGUUGAGGGGUUUCAUGUCAUAAUAUAGCUGGCUUUUUUAAAUAAAUACACAUGAAAUGUGUCACAGGAUCUUUUUGUCAUCCACAAGGGAAGACGAGAAUUGGAGUACAUUUCAAAUGUAUUUCUUUGAAUCAUGUUAUAUCCCCUUUGCAGUUUGAUCAAUGGGUCCUGUUAUGUAAAUAUUACUGAUUAAAUUAAUUUAAGGAUUUCUGAAA